AAUAUAUUCAUAUUCAUAUGAAUAAUAAUAAAUGUAUUAAACAUUUUUAAAAACAUUUUUACAACAAAUUUUGACCGUAAUAAAUAUUAGGAAAGUAAAAAUAAUUCAUGUACGAAAAACUGUUGUAAAUAAUGGAAGAAUAAUUUCUAAAUAUAUGUAUGUGUAUAGUAUAUACGAAAUUUUUAGGAAGAAAAAUAAUGCAUACAACAUAAGUCUACGUCAAUAACAAUUCUAGUCCUUAACAAUAACUUGAGUGAAAUAUGUUUUGUCUCUUUUAAGUUAUGAUCAAUGAUUACGUUUUUCAACUAAAAUUUAUACACGCGCUUCUACAUGGCGUACCAAAUACAUGGGCAGAAUUCUAAUGAAAGAAAAUUUCAUAGAUAUAGAUUGCGAAUGUGGGCGGUGUUAAGGGUGGCUUCAAAUUUUCAAUCACUUUUUACUAUGUUAACAAUAAUUAUAAUAUCAACAGUAUCAACAGAAAACGCGAUAGAAAGUGCAUUUAAACGUAAAAUUAGUAUUUAAACAACUAUAAUUAUAUGCAUUUCACAUACUAUUGCGAAAAAUGUUUUAAAACGCAUGUAAUCUUCUUUUCGUGUAUAAUUUUGACAAAUAAAUAGAUAUUAACUUAGAUGAUAACACUAGCAGUGCAAUAUUUUUGGUAACAUUUCUUUUAACAAAUGAGUUCAAAAUACCUAUGUAUAUUUUAUACAAUCAACUUCGCUAAACAAUUUGCAGUAGACUACAUCUAAAAGACUAUGAACAAGUAGGAAUACAUUUUUAAAUUGAUAUCCAUUACUAAAUAUUCCGAUAAUUGUACGAAAAAAAAAUAAUAUUGUGAAAAAGAUUGUACAUAUACGAGGAAGAACGUGUAUGACUGUGAACGGGCGAGCGAGAAGGGUUAACAAAAGAGGGAAUGGGAUAGAAACGUAAUUCGCGCCGCCACCGCAAGGUGUCAGCAUUGCAUGCGGCUCGCUCGCUAGCGGCCACCAUUGUUGAAAUUCUGCUUUGGUUGAUGCCCCGACAAUUUUUUGACGGAAAAUCGUAAAUUCGCCAGCCCCUGGCAAGGGCCCUGUGCGGAAGGGCCAUUUAUAUUUGGAGUUGCGCCAAAAUGGGCGCUAUCAAAUAAUUUCAUGCAGUGGGAUUACAUACAAGAAUUGGUAGCACAUGGUGGUGUGCCUGACGUUUAUAAUUUACGUCACAAGGAAGAAAAUAUAAGUGUGUCGGAUUUAGAUUUAACUUAUGUUAAUCAAUUUAUAAACUUCAUACAAUCAACAAACAAUAAAAAGAUUGUAGAUUCUGAUAUACAGAAGGGAACAGUUGAUAAAUGCUUAUCAGAAUUUUUAGAGCCUGUGCUUAAAAAUCACAAGGAAAGUUAUAGUACCUGUCACAGUGACGAUAGUAAAAUAAAACCAUCUAAUUUAUUGGAUACUAACCAAACCAUAGGCACCUACUUAUUUUGCAAAGAUAAAAGCGAAAAUUUAUCUGAAACAAAGAAGAAAAUUGAUCAUCAUCAUAAAAUUAUUGAUUGUGUUCCUUGCUUGUCAGAACAAUCAAACAUACAAAAUAUUACGCAGUACAAGACAUUGUCUAAAAUUUUGGAGCAGUAUAAAAAUAUUUAUAAUCUUUGUGCUUCUGAAGAAGACAAGCCACUUAAUUUAGUAAAAAACUUGGAAGAUAAUAAAGGCUGUUGUAACAAACAAAGUGAAGAUAAAAAGAAGCUGUGCAAUUUUACAGAUAUAAAAGUAUCUUUAAAGGACUGUGCCAUUUCAGAUCGAGCAAAUCAUUCCUGUAAUAUAGAAAAUUGCUACAACACAAAGUACAAGGAAAUAGACUAUGGUUUAUUAAAAUUCUCAGAUCUAGAUGAUUUAUCUCCUAAAUUAAAAAUUGAUAAAACGUUACUUAAAGCUUCAAAACCUAAAAUAUGUAAAAAUUUAGAAACAAAGUUAAAUUGUGUACCAAAUAAAUACUUAGAACAAGAAAGUACUCUUGCUCUUAAUAAAUAUUUGACUAAUAAAACUUCAGUGUUUUUGCGUGAGAGAAAGAAUACAAAUCUUUCUUUUCUAAAUUCAUCUCUGAAUGUCAAAGAUACAAGUAUUAAAAGUGAAUCUUGUUCAGACGAACAGAUAAAUAAGUCAAAGAACUCGUAUUUUGUAAAUACCUGCAAACCAACAUUAAGUAAUUGGGAAGAUUUCGAAAUGUCAGGACAAUAUCCAGGUCAUAGCCGACCUCCGGUUGGCACACCUCCACCUCAGACAGUUUGGAAUCAUCUUACAAUGGCACAAAGUCAAGUUUCAGGGUUGAACAUUCAUCCAACAGCCUUGUCAGGUGCAGCAUUGAGUCCGGCAGGAUUUUACACACAUCCAUCUAUGGCAAGAGCAUCUCAUAUAACAUCACAACUUACACCACAACUUGCACAUACUCAAGCACCUCCAACAUGGCAUACACCAACUGUUCCAUCAAAAACAGUUACUCCAGCCAAUACACCAGGAAAUCCUUUGUUUAGUUUACAAAUGCUGGUAGAUAAUAGACAGAACCAAAGUCAGUAUAGAAACUCACCAGGUUCACAAAGUACACUAGAUUUAUCAUCUACUUCCGAAAUUAUUCCUGAAAAUUAUUCUCGCAUACCUCAAGAUAUCCCAAUAAGUUUGACUGCAAGGAAUGUAGAUAAGGGUAGCAGAAAUGGAAAUAUUAUUUCUCCUCCAAUACCUUUGAAUGGAGAAACUUCAUCUGAUAGUGGAAUUAGUUCGUCGGUUCCAACACCUAAUUCUGUUAGUGAACCAGUUUCACUCUCAACAAAAGAAGUUACAACACCUAAAAUAACAGUAAAAAACUUUGAAAGCAAUUUAAAAGGAGUGGCAAAUCUUCAUGAUAAGAUUAAGGAGAUGAAUGUAGAUAAUUUUACGCAGAAAGUUAUAAAUUUACCACCUAGUGUUACGAUUGAAAGGGUAGUUUCAGAGAAGAAAGAGCCUGAGGUUACGAAAAAUAAAGAUACAUUAAGCGUCAUUGCACAAGUACCAAGAAAUGUUUUGCCUGUUAUUGUAAACCUUACCUCUAGAGUGGACAAAGAUGUAACAGAUAGUCCGAAAAGAGAAUCGUCUUCAGAACGAGAUCGAAAGAUCGAAGAGACGAAUGUAAGAUCACCUAAAAAUUUACCAAAAAGAGGUAAGAAGGGUGUGGAUUCUCUGUUAGAAAAGUUAGAAGGUGGUAAUAAAAAACUUGGCAGUGCUGAAAAUAUUGGAUCUGUUAUUGUAAUGCCAGUAGAGGAAAGAGAUACAUCGAGUGUUAAAAGCAUGUCCCCUGAUAGACAGAAAUCGAAAUCUCCAAAUAGGGAAGACGAAGUAGUAUCUCCAGCAUUCAGUAAUGACGAUUCUAAUGAUAAUACUAAGCAACGCAGAAAAAGAAAACUAGAAAAGCCUGUACGGCUUAGUAAAGACUCUAAAACGGAAGUAGAGGAUAUGGAAUUAGAACCUACAGAACCAACAGAACCUAGAACAAGUGAACCAAUAACAGAAGAAACAAAUGCAACUCCAGUUGUCAAAUUAGAAGACAAUAUUGACACAGCAGAACAGAGAAUAUCUGAAAAGAUUGAAGAAAGUGUAGACGAAACAAGUGAGGAGAAUCAACCUAUUAGAAGGCGGAGGAGUAGUGAAAGUACACCUCCUAGUUCAACUCCAUCGAAUCAGAGGGUUAGAAGAAAAUCUAGCGAUGAUGCGACUGAAUUUUCAAAAGUAACAAGUCCAAAACCUGUAAAUAAUACAAAUCCGUUUAAUGAAGUUGAAUCAGAACUUGAAAAGAUGUUUGCCGGUAUUGUUGAGACAGAGACAGAUGUCAAAAAGGAAGAAUCAAAAUCAGAACUUACAGAACCUGAACUUCAAUCCGGGAGCACAGCGAAAGUCGAAAAUUUAGAAAAUAAUGUGUUACACACAAAAGAGGCGCAAAGUAUAAAUCCUACUGAUGUUUCAUCUACAGUUGAUACAAAAAUGUCUGGAAAGAAAGGGAAAAAAACUAAAGUACAAGGUAGUAAACGAAAAAUAUCCAGAUCAUCUGAAAAUAUUUUUGGAACUGUGGGUAAUGAUAUACCUCAGAAGGAAAUCAAAAAGAGAAGGAUAUCUAAGAGUUCAAAAAAGCAAGACGCCUCGAAAAAGACUAAGAAAAAUGCAAAGGUGGACGGAAUAAGAGAAAUGGCAUAUGAUUCUGGAUCAAAUGCAAGUUCUAUUAGGUCUCGUGGGCCAGUAGUUCAUGUUGAAGGUCCAAGGGACAGUCCAUUAAGCAUUCAAGUAGUUAACGCACCACGGGAAGAAGAAGAAGAAAAAAGUAAAGAAAAACGAAAGAGUAUUGGAAAUGGUAAUGCGGGAAGGAGUAAGAGACUCAGUCAUCAAAACGAUUUAGAUUAUAGGGGUAAAGUCAGUAGAGCGGGUCUCUUUAGUUCAACGUUGUCAUCACGUUAUGACGCACAUACAACAGAUUCCACAUGGGUGUGCGUAUUUUGUAAACAAGGUCCUCAUUCUGUAAUACCUGGGGAUCCUGCUCGACCACAUCCUAAUUUGGCUGGUCCACAUAUAGCACCUGGAACAUACACUGUUCCAGCUGGUGUUUUGAGUGAUUUAUUUGGGCCAUAUUUGAUUGGUAAAGAACGUUUAGAAGAUGGAAUUCUUUCGGCUGAUGAACAAGAGAUUACUACAGAACAGAAGAAAGGUGGUAAGAAUAAAAGGAGUUUGAGGUACGCUGGGUUAGCCGAUCAGUUUACUGCAAAAAUGGGUAAAAAGAAAAGAAAUUCCAUUGAAAGUAAUACUAAUGCCAUGUUUACGGGAAUGACCGUACUCCCCGGGGAAGAACAACGUUGGGAAGUAUGGCUUCAUGAACAGUGUGCUGUUUGGGCAGCUGGAGUGUACAUGGCAGGUGGAAGAGUAACAGGUUUACAAGAAGCUGUAUGGGAUGCAGCAAAGUCGAUAUGUGACUCUUGUGGUUUAACAGGAGCAAAUAUUGGUUGCGUUAAACGCGGUUGUAAAGCCGUUACGCAUUACCCCUGUGCGUUAACGAAAGGCUGGCACUUGGAUACUAAUCAGUAUAUACCGAAGUGCAACCUUCAUCGGGUUACGUGAAACUUCGCAUUUAACAAUUUUGAGAAGUUUUGAAAUUACGCUUUGCAUCAUUCGAUGCAUAAGUGUGUUUGGAGUGUGAAAGUAUAAAUGUCAAAUGUAUAAAGGACAGACAUAUGGUAAUUUGCAUACACGAAAUAUCAAUAUGCUCGACAGAAAUAUCUUCCAAUGUACAAGAUGUUCAAACGAGAAUGCUGUUACUGUCUUAAGAAUUUCAAAUGAAAAUGGAAAUUAACGGAUAUGAAGAAAUGGAAGUUCUUCUCGUUAAUUAAAUUUAAUUAAUUUUCUUGGCCUGUGGCCUUGAACAGUGGCCUUUUCGACCUAAUGUAAAAGGAAGAUUUUUUAAUUUAAAAUUUGUAGUAUAGACGAAUCGUUGCUGAGGAACAAUGUUAAUCAAAAAAGUAUUUGCUUUCUUGCUAAUAUUUAUGAAAUUUGAAAACGUUACAAAUUUUUCCCUAAAACAUCAUGUACGCAGGAAUAAAAUAUGGGGCAUAUUGUAUUAAAAUUUGAACAAAAAUCAGAAUUCGGCAAAAGAAUGAGAAAGCAUUAAAUUUCUUCUAAGUUGUAUGUGUGUAUAUAAAAUGGAAUGAAUUAUUAAUCAAGUAAUUUAAUGGAAUUUGAACACGUGUUUCGAAUGAAGUGUGGAUAAGAAACAUAUAGACAAGUGUUCUCCUGUGAAUGUAAGAAAUCAUCUGUAAAUAACAAAGUUUUUAUGUGAAAAAAAUUAUUAUUAUAUUAUUAUACAACUUUAAUGAUAUUGCGAUAUUCUUCAUUUUUAAAAAUCAUACUAUUUUAGUAAGCAUGUGUAGUUAUGUUCUUUAUUGCGGGAAACUACAUUUAGUGUAACAAUACUUAUUUCUAUUAUAAUUUUUUGAAGAUUAAUUGUGACAUAUAAAUCUAUUGUAGGUGUAAAUAAAUAGAUUUUCGCUCAUAUAAUAUUUCCCUUUAUUUCUUAACCUUGUCUAUUUUAUAACUAUGUGUUGAAAUCAUUUUUAUUUAAAGAGAACGAGCUCACAUGUUUACUUGAAAAGAGAACACUUGUAAUAAUUGUAAUUAUCGUUGUUAAUAUAACAAUAAAUUUCUAAGAAAAAGAUGGACAUUUGUUCCAGAAAUAUUAUCUUCUCUUUUUCCGGCAUGUGACAAUUAUAACUUCACUGUAUACUAUAAUUUAUGAAUGUGUGAAAUCAGUGUUUAAGAUUCAAUAGUAUAUAUACAAUUCAGUGAUUAAAUUAAUCGCUACUUAUUAUUAUAAAAUUUAUGGUAAUUAUUACUGAUUUAUAUUAUUUUUUCAUAUUACUAUUAUUGUAAUCAUCUGCGCCGUCAUUAUUGUCAUUGUCGUUUCCAUCAAAUUUUGUAAGAAUAUAAAAGAAUCAAUUUUUUAUAAUAACAAGUAUAAGAACAUGGAUAAUAUCGAUUCUCUUAAUGUAUCAGGGAGAAGUAGUAAAAAAAACAGGAAAAUUGUAUAAAAAUAUAUAGAAUAAAAUGUACAUAAUAUUAAUUUGAGUAGAUAAAAAGAAAUAUGUAUAUACAUACAUACAUGUGUAUAUGUAUUUGUAUAUACAUAAAUCUGCAAACAUGUUAAAAAAGAUAGUUGCCACUCCUCCUCUCGCAACACAGAGUAUGGCAAAGCAAGAGUAAUCAUUUUUAAACGUUAGUUAUAUAGAUACAGAAACUAAGUUGUCUAAGAAAAAAGAUUCUUUGUACAUAUUAUAUAUCAUAUAGUAACAAAUGUCUUGUAAAAAGGAUUCAAAGAGCGUAAAAAAAGCAUUUUAUUUAGGACUAUAGUCUAUCUGUUUUAAUGUAAGAUGAUGAAUAGUUUACAUAAAAGUCAACGUAUUUGGGUUUUUCUUAAACUCCUCAAGACAUAGCUCGUCACUUCAAGGGCAGUCUUUGUAAGAUAAAAACAAAGAAACAAACAGCCAAAAAAUAUUGCUACUGAGUUUAAUAACGAAAAUUAAAUUGUAAACAAAACGCUUAUAUUAUACAAUUGUGUAUGAAAGGGAAACAAAAUUCUAUCUUAGAUGAAUAACUGUAAUAUUAAUACUUGUGAUACAAAAAAAUUUCUGGAUAGGAAGGUGUGAUGAAUAAUUCCAGUAUAUUCUUCCUUUAAAUCUAACUCUGCGUACAUAGAGCAUUAUCUACAUAUUCCUGUACAGAUCAGCUUUAUGAUAAGCCACUGUAGUAUUGUAUACAUAUAUUAGACUAUUUGUGAAAGAAAAGUAUAAAGCAGGAUAUUGUCAGAAGUUUUAGAGAUUUUAGAAUUCUCUUUGUACGCAUAGUUUAUCAAUAUGUAACAAAUUUUGAAAGUGAAAUGGAAGAAAAAUGUUUUAUUAUCUGUCUUGUAUAAAUGCUAAAUUCAUUUGGCUUGUAAAUUGCGGAGAAAAUAAUUUAAAGCACUGAUGCGCAAACAAAAUUUGAAUAUCACAUUGCCUAAAUAAUUUGUAUAAAAUAUAGAUCUGUAAAAUAAAAUUGUCACAUCGUGAUGCGUGGUGAGAGAGGUAACGGUAGUAAUGUUCGCGAAUUGAAAGUAGCAAAAAAACAAUUAUGUAAUGUUAAAAAAUCAAUAGGUAUUUUUAUUCCUUGCCUUCGUAUUUUUUAGGUCUAAUUUAGUUUCGGAUCUUCCCUUCUCUUUUCUGUUCAGUCCUCUUUCUUUUCUUGCUUUUAUAUUGCUUUUAAGAGCUACCUAUAGUUUUACACAAUUUCUGUGACCUGGUUUAAUAUUAAUAAUCAAUAGAAAAAGAAAAGUAUUGGUUUUAAUCCAUUUACUGAUGCCCGAAUAGUAGAACAAAAUUCGCGAAAUGUAUUUGAAGUCGAUACAAUAAUACAGCUAAGUAUAUAUCUUUGUGUAAUAUAAAUAUAAUGAAUAAUAAAAUAUGAUACACGUCACAAGUCAGAAUAACUACAGACAAUUUCAAAAUGGCCCUUUAUAUAUUAGGUGAAUGUACAAAAUUAAAAAAAAAGUACUAUGAAGUUCUUGUACCAAUUUUGAUCCCACUAAUCAAAACAUAAUAAAGAAACAUUACGUACAAAAAGUACACAAAUUUCGGUUGCGUAAUGAAAAUUUUUAUGUACAUGACAAAAGAGAUAGUAUUAUUAAUAUUUAAUUUUUUUUGUUAUAAAGCGUAAUGAAAUGAACUUUUGUAAAUAUAUUUAAAUACAGUAAAUCCAUAACCAAAAUA